AUGAUGAAAAUAGAUAUACGGCAACAUUAUCAUAUUCUUCUGAAAAUUCAUCAGACAUCAUUGCAAACCUAUACCUUUGAAAACCUUCAAGAUUUGUGCGGCCGUCCUUUAUUGAUUGCAAAAGCUCCUACUAACACAAAGGCUUUCAUCAAUGAGAAGACUUUAGAUGAUGAUAAAAAUGAGGAGACUUUAGAUGAUGACAAUAAUGAGGAGAUUUUAGAUGAUGAUAAUAAUGGGGAAACUUUAGAUGAGCUUGGACAUUUUAAAUACCGUGAUUUUCAAGCAUUCACACAUACUACUCAAGAUAUGGAAGAGUUCACAACAUAUUUUGAAUUUUUUAUGAUUAUUUCUCAUGUAAUAAAAAUGUUACGGCUACCCGAUCAAUAUCCAAGAGAAAUGUUCAAUGAGAUAUGUCAUGAUAAAGCAGUAUUACCAGAUAUUAGCUCCGAUGUUCUUGAAAUUUCUCUUGAACCUGAAAAUUAUUAUAAUAUACUUAGCAAUAUUGGUACCAUAUUACAUGGAAUAUUAAGUCAAAUUCCUAUCACGCAACGAAAAAUGACAAUUAUUGUUAAUGAUGAGACAGUGAACGCAGUCCGUCAAGGAAAUCUUUUCAUUGCAAAAUGUAAUAAUAAGUUUAAAGUACCUAAUAUUAUUAUGUCUUUGUGCAAUUUACAUAAUAAAUGUUAUCCAGAAUCAUGGCAAGUUCUAAUUUGUAAGUCCUCUACCACAGAGGAAGAGCUUCUAACUUUCACAAAACAAUGCUUUGUCGCUGCAAAGAAUGAAUAUGGGAUCAUCUAUUUUUCAUUGCAAAUGUAG